AGCCCAUUAAAACAAACUACCCGUUUCUAUUCUUAUCUUCUUCUUCUCUUAUCCUUCUUCUUCUUCACACAAAGCUUCUCAUCAUCCUCCGUCAAUUUUCUUUCUUCUUUGUCAAUUCAACUGUAUUAGGGUUUGCCUAUACGGAUUUGAGAAAAGCAAUUGCUUCAGAUUCGAAGAGUUCGAAAUCGGAAGAAAAAAUUGAAGCAAUUACUUGCGAUCCACUUUCCCCUGUUUUGAAGUGGAAGAGUUCAGAAAUGAAAGAGUGAGAGGGGUUGAUCGAAUUCUAUUCUUGCGUUUUGACUUGGAUAGGACCAAGAUAGCUCACGAUGAAGAAGAUGAAGAAGGCAUGUGUCUAUUUGCCUCAUGAAGUCAUCAUGCAAAUCCUUAGGAGACUCCCUGUGGAGCUGGUGGUGAAAUGCACCACCGUUUGCAAGACGUGGCUCGGUAUCAUCAAGGACCCGUACUUCAUUUCGAGCCAUCUUGAGGCUGCGGUCCUUCACAAUGACCUUCUCCUUCUUCACAUCCCUGGCGGCAGUCUAAGAGAGGGUUUUCAUUUGUAUCGUGACAAUGACUCCUUUGAAAGGUAUAAGACGCUCUACUUGCCCUUCUUGUGUUGUGGAUUUAGGGGUUUUAGAGUUGCUGGUACAUGUAAUGGGCUGAUUUGUCUAGCAGAUGUGGAUGGUGGUUAUCACAUUAUGAUUUUGUGGAAUCCUUCCAUUAAGAAGCAUUUCAUUUUGCCCGAGCCCGAAUUGCCUUUCGAGAUCUUUAGUGAUUCUACUCUAGGUUUUGGGUUUGAUUCGGUGUCAAAUGACUACAAGGUACUUCUAGUUGUGCCUGUGAGCGAAGAUGCAGACUUGACGGAGGUUUGGUUGUUUUCCUUAAAUAGGCGUUCCUGGACAAGGCUCAGUGAAGUCUCUCCCAGGCAUACUUGUUUUGGACUUAGGCAGGCAGCAUUUGUGAAAGGUGCUUUGCAUUGGCCUGGAUAUAUGAAGCACGAGCGGCGGUUCACACACGUGAUUAUGGCUUUUGAUUUAAGCACUGAAAAGUUUCAUGUGAUAAAUUAUCCCGACACUUUAUUAGACCAUGAUUUUGUACCCCAAAUGACCUUGAUUAACUAUGAUGAAUCCAUCGCAGUGGUUACAAUGGGGAGCUUUGAAGAUUUCGACGACGCCAGGAAACCUGAGUUGUGGGUCAUGAAGGAGUACGGUAUGGAUAAUUCGUGGACGAUGGUGUUACAUUCAGAUGGCGAAGAAAACGAGUUGGUUUUUGAUUCACACUUCGUGGUUGAUGUGUUUGGGGUUAGGAAGAACGGAGAGGUUUUAUUGAAAGUGAGAAGGAUGUAUAGGUGUGAUUACAAGCUAGCUUCAUUGGGUCUGAACUGCCAUCAAGAGGAACAUCAUCAUCAGCAGCAGCAGCAGCUAAAGCAUCUUGUUGGCAUGGGGAAAAUUAACGAUUGGUUUGUUGGACGCUUCGUCGAGAGCCUGGUGUUACUUGACAAUGGGGAAGAAGAUAACAAGAGGGCAGCCAGAAUGAAAGUGCAAUGACACUAAUUAGCACCAUCACUCCUUUUUCUAGCUUACAUGUCCUUUGCAAUUAUAUAUACUCACUCCGUCCCAAAGACUCCUCCUUUCUUUUUUUCUUGUCCCACAAACUCCUUUCCUUUUCUAUUAAAAAACCACUUUUACCCCUACCAAUUCUUAACUUUUUCCUAGAAGUCAAAAUGGGAACAUCUUUAUGGGACGGAAGAAUUUAUGGGACAGUAGAAGUAUAUAUAUACAGACUAGCUAGGAGUAUAUAUAGUAUAUCUAUUUGACUUGUGAAGGAAUAUAUAAUGUACCCUUGUUUGAAGGUUAGCUAAUUGUUUU